CAAGAACGAAGCACGUUGACAGACUCUGAUAUUAUGGCUCCAGAUACCUCACAAGAAGAAAAGAACACGAUGACCACGAUGGAAGUUAUGGAACCAGAUAAAGACAUUACAGGGUAUGAAGACGAAGCUGCCCGAGGCACAGAACAGGAGAAGACAAUGCCUCUGAAGGCUGCCUUCAAGUAUUAUCGAAAAGCCGUGUUUUGGUCUAUUACUAUCUCCAUGGCCACCAUCAUGGAGUCUUACGACAUGCAGCUCAUCAGCUCAUUCUACGCAUUUCCCCAGUUUAAUCGAAAGUACGGUAAGCAAUUGCCGAACGGUACAUGGCAGGUCGAUGCAGACUGGCAGCUGGGUCUAAGUCUAGCGUCACUGAUCGGUCUCAUCUUUGGCGUGUUUGCUAGUGGACACCUUGGUGAUCGCUACGGACCCCGAUAUGUCAUGAUUGCAGCGCAUUGCUUCCUGGCUGGAUUUGUCGCUAUAAUCUUCACAGCGCAAAGCGUUGAGAUACUUUUUGCAGGCGAGUUGUUAUGUGCGUGUACCUGGGGCCUCUUCGCUGCAGCAACACCGACAUACGCCGCUGAGAUCGUCCCUAUGGCACUAAGGGGAUACCUCACGACAUACGUCAAUCUUUGCUGGGUUAUCGGACGAAUCCUUGCGACCGGCGUUCUUCGAGGCAUGCUACCGGUGCAGUCAGAGUGGUCUUUCAGAGUUCCGUUCGCGCUCCAGUGGAUGUGGCCACCAGUGUUGAUUUUUGCCACCUGGUUCUCACCAGAGAGCCCUUGGUGGCUCGUUCGCAAAGGGCGUAUCGAUGAAGCAAGGAAGACGCUGGACCGCCUGGUAAGCGCACCUUCUGGGAUAGUUAACAACGACCAUCGUCUUGCCAUGAUGCAGCAUACCAUUGCACUGGAGCAUAAAUUGAAGGUUGGUGGAUCUUUCCUGGACUGCUUCAAGGGCACGAAUCUGCGCAGGACGGAGAUUGCAAUGCUCUCUUGGGGCGGACAAAUACUUCCUGGCUUCAUCAUCCAGGGAUACACGACCUACUUCUUCACCCUCGCCGGACUUGCUCCAAGCGACUCUUUCAAUCUUACGAUGGGCGUCUUUGGUAUGGCUUUUGUUGGCACAUGCGCGUCGUGGUUCUUGCAGCCUCGGAUGGGGCGGCGCACCAUCUACAUUGCAGGUCUAGCCAUCAUGCUGCCGAUCAUGUGGAUUGUUGCUUUUCUCGAGUUCGCACCAAACGCAGGCAGCAACUCCAGCAUCAAAUGGGCACAAUCAUCCAUAUUAAUGAUUUGGUUCUUCACCUACGGCAUAACGAUUGGUCCAAUUCCUUAUGCUAUCGCCGCUGAAGUCGGCGCAGUACAGUUGCGCUAUAAGACAAUCGCUCUUGGUCGUAACAUGUACUACUUCCUUUCCAUCGUCAACGUCGUUAUCUCGCCGUACAUGCUCAAUCCGAGCAAGUGGGAUCUUAAGGGGAAGGCCGCGUUUCCUGCUGCUAUAUUGAACCAGGAAUACAUCCUUCUGCCCGCGACCUCGGUACAGGUACAACUUCCGUGCCCAGAACACUUUUUCCAAAUCGACACUCCUGUCGCGACACCACACAUCCAUGAAACCCAAGCGGACAACUCCAAGAUUACACCCGCGGCGUUUUUACUGCGUAUCUUCAACGCCCGCAACCAUGUACUCCAGUAUACAAAACAACUCCUGGACGCUUCGCUUAGCCCGGAGACUUCUCUAGCACAGUAUCAAAUGCUUGAAGGAGAGCUUAGGGAGAUACACCAGUCUUUGCCCGCAGAGCUUGUGUUUAGCACACGUGCCUAUCAACUCCGGACGUUCUCUCCCGAGCGCACGACUUUUACUAUUCUACAUCUUUACUUCCACCACUGUCAUUGCGAACUUUAUCGGUUGCUCAAUCCAGGAUACCGCGAGGCUCUUCCGCAAUCGGUUAUCUACUCCAGUUCACCCGAACUCGUUGCAUACGCGCAGUCGAAAUGCCUCGAGCACGCAAUCUCCAUAGGCGAGAUCGUUGCAUCAACCUACGGUCUGGUGGAGGUCAGUCCUUAUGUCAGCGAUACAUCUUGCUUCGUUAUCUUGUAUCAGGCCUCGUGUGCUAUACUCUACGCAUGCCACCGUGACAGUCCUGCUUAUGUCAUGAAAGCCGAAACCGCACGGCGAUACCUAGUCGCAUUCAUCACGACAUUGCAAAGUCUACUCUCUUACUUCCCAAGGUAUGCUAUAUACGUCAAAGACAUCCGUAAUAUGCUUCGUAGCAUUGACGAGCCGAAUGUACCGCUCCCAGCUCAGAAGGCGUCCAAUGAGGUGGACUUCCGCGCACGUAUAGUACCUAGCGAAGAGAAUUCGGAUGAGGACAAUUUGGUCAGCGAGAUUGCGGUCUCUACUUCUAACGUCAGAGACGAUACAGCGCAUUCUACGUCUCAGACCGCUGAGGUGCCCGUUGGACCACUACCAGAACUCGUGGAAAUGUCGCUUCAUACACCAUCCACCCUGGAAGGACAGGAUCAUUCGUUCGCUGAUUUGGAGACAUAUCAGUACAACCUGGACCUUACAAUGGAUCUUGAUCAGGGCUUGCUGUGGAACUGGGCAGAUGCUUUGGGAUCAGGCUUUAGCAUAUGA